AUGGGGCUAAGAGCGGCCAGCCUCUUCCUACUCUGGCUGGCUCUUUCCUCUGCUAAUGAAAUUAAGAAAGGAAGAACAAGAAGCCAUGGCCACUAUGUCUGCAGCACUUGGGGAAACAACCAUUUCAAAACUUUUGAUGGAGAUGUCUACCAAUUCCCUGGCAUUUGCGAGUAUAAUUUUGUUUCCGACUGCCGGGAGGCUUACAAGGAGUUCUCUGUCCACAUCCAGCGUGCUCUCAACAGCAAUGGCCACCCUGAGAUCCAGUAUAUUCUGAUGAAAAUCAAGGAUAUUAAGGUCUACCUCAAACCAAACCUGGUUGUGGUGGAUGGGCGGAUUGUCAAGACACCUUACUACAGCUCUGGUGUCCUCAUUGAGAGCAACGACAUUUACACCAAGAUUUAUGCCAAAUUAGGCAUGACUCUSAUGUGGAACCAGCAGGAUGCCCUGAUGGUGGAGCUAGACAACAAAUUUAAUAACCAUACCUGUGGUCUCUGUGGGGAUUACAAUGGAAUUCAAAUCUACAAUGAGUUCAUCAAGGGAGAUGCAAGCUACAACCCAAUUACAUUUGGGAAUUUACAGAAGAUCAGCAAACCCAAUGCCAAAUGUGAAGACCCAGAUGAAACUCAAGCUCUUCCAAGCUGUAACGGGCAUCGUGAUGAGUGUCAGAAGUUGCUGACUUCCCCUGCAUUUGCUGAUUGCCGGCUACGUCUGAAUUUGGAAAUGUACAUCCAAGCCUGCAUGCAGGACAAGUGUGCCUGUAAUGGGAAGGAGGACUCGUUCUGCCUCUGCAGCACCAUCUCUGAGUAUUCCCGYCAGUGUUCGCACGCAGGAGGCCGCCCAGGAGAAUGGAGGACACCGAACUUUUGCCCCAAGACCUGUCCUCCUACCAUGGUCUACAGAGAAAGCAGCUCACCCUGCAUGGAUACUUGCUCACACUUGGAGAUCAGCAGCCUUUGUGAGGAACACUACAUGGAUGGUUGUUUCUGCCCUGAAGGAACUGUGUAUGAUGACAUCAAUGAAAAAGGCUGCAUCCCUGUUAGCCAGUGCCGCUGCAAACUUGGUGGAAAGACAUACGCACCUGGAGAAACCAUUUCCCAUGACUGUGAAGAAUGCACCUGCAAUUCAGGCAGAUGGACCUGCAAAGAUUUACCCUGUCCAGGCACAUGCUCAGUGGAAGGAGGUUCCCAUAUUACCACCUUUGAUGGGAAGAAAUACACCUUCCAUGGAGACUGUUACUACGUGUUGGCCAAGGGCAAUGCAAAUGAGAGAUAUGCUCUUCUGGCAGAGCUGGCUCCCUGUGGCUCUACAGACAAGCAGACCUGCUUAAAGACUGUUGUGCUGCUAGUGGAUAACAAAAAAAAUGUGCUGGUUUUUAGAUCAGACGGCAGUGUGCUCCUGAAUGAGAUGCCAGUGAACGUGCCUCAUGUGUCAGCUAGCUUCUCAGUAUUCAAGCCAUCUUCCAACUACUUUGUUGUACAAACUUCUUUUGGGCUUCAGAUGCAGAUCCAGAUGUUUCGAGUCAUGCAGUUGUUUGUGACAGCUGAUCAAUCAGUUAAAGGAAAACUGCAAGGUCUUUGUGGAAACUUCAAUGGAAUGGAAGGUGAUGACUUUAGAACAACCAGUGGGCUGAUAGAGGCUACGGGAUCUGCCUUUGCUAACAUGUGGAAAGCUCAGUCCACCUGCAGAGACCAAGCAGAAAACCUAGAAGACCCCUGCAGUCUCAGCAUUGAAAGUGCAAAUUAUGCUGAGCAUUGGUGUUCUUUGCUGAAAAACCCCAAGGGUCCUUUUGCAAGAUGUCACCUGGUCAUUGAUCCUUCAGAAUACUACAAGAAAUGUAAAUAUGACACCUGCCUCUGUGAAGACAAUGAAGAAUGUUUGUGUGCUGCCCUSUCCUCUUACUCGAGAGCCUGUGCUUUCAAAGGGAUCAUACUGGGAGGCUGGAGAAAGAGUGUCUGCAGUAAUGAAGCAUCUUCUUGCCCAGGAAAUCAGGUCUUCCUUUACAAUCUUACAAUGUGCCAGCAAACCUGUCGUUCCCUUGCUGAUGGUGAAAAGUAUUGCUCGCAGCACUUUGCUCCUGUGGAUGGCUGUGGCUGCCCACAAAAUACAUACUUGGAUAACCAGGAUAACUGUGUGCCCAUCUCCCAGUGCCCAUGUUAUUACAAGGGAUCAUACCUGGAAUCAGGGGAAUAUUUCACAAAAGAUGGAGAACGCUGUGUUUGCCGAAAUGCAAAGAUCCAGUGCACUUCAGUGAAAAUAAGAAUGAAAAGUGAAAGAGAAUGUUCUUCUAACAAGACAUACUUCGACUGCAAURCAUCCUCAAAGUGGACUUCACAAACACCUGUACAACUUAGCUGUCAUACUCCUCAAACUGAUCAUUUCCAGACAGAGUGUGUCUCAGGCUGUGUGUGUCCUGAAGGUCUAUUUGAUGAUGGCAGAGGGGRCUGUGUUGAGGAAAAGGACUGCCCAUGCAUGCAUAACAAUGAGUGGUAUUCUUCUGGAGACAAGAUAAAAGUGGACUGCAACACCUGUACCUGCCAAAAAGGGGUUUGGAAAUGCACUGAGGAGGUGUGCUAUGGAACCUGUAUGAUAUAUGGAAGUGGCCAUUACAUCACUUUUGAUGGGAAAUUCUAUGACUUUGAUGGGAGCUGUGAAUAUGUGGCUACUCAGGACUUUUGUGGUGACAAGAAUUCCAGCGGCUCAUUCAGUAUCAUCACGGAGAAUGUCCCUUGUGGAACUACRGGAGUCACCUGCUCAAAGGCUAUCAAAAUGUUUUUGGGGAAAACUGAACUGAAAUUGGAGAACAAAGAAUACAGAGAAAUUCAGCGAGAURUUGGUGGUGAUGUGCAGUAUUGGAACAGGACAGUCGGCCUGUACCUGGUUAUUGAAGCUAGCAAUGGUGUGAUGCUGAUCUGGGACAAGAAGACUACUGUUUUCAUCAAGCUGAGUCCUGACUACAAAGGCAAAGUUUGUGGUCUGUGUGGCAACUUUGAUGACAAGUCAAACAAUGACUUUACAGCAAGGAGUGGACUGCAGGAUGCUAAUCCUCUGAAGUUUGGAAAUUCCUGGAAGCAGUCUCCCAUGUGCCCAGAUGUAACAGGAGAGAUUAAGCCUUGUGAUUUGAAACCACACCGGAAGUCCUGGGCAGAGAAAGAAUGCAGCAUCAUCCACAGUGAAGUCUUCAAAAUUUGUCACUCCAAGGUGAAUCCACAUCCUUUCUAUGAAGCUUGUGUUCAUGAUGCCUGCUCUUGUGACAGUGGUGGAGAUUGUGAGUGCUUCUGUUCUGCAGUGGCUGCGUAUGCCCAAGAGUGUACCAAGGCUGAGGCCUGUGUUUUCUGGAGAACUCCUGAUAUCUGCCCGAUAUUCUGUGAUUACUACAACCCUCCUGAUGAGUGUGAGUGGCACUAUGAGCCUUGUGGCAGUAAUAUCACAACCUGCAGGAUGAUCAACAAUGUCAGCACCAACUUUACAGUACCAUUACUGGAAGGUUGCUACCCCAGAUGCCCUAAGGACAAGCCUAUUUAUAAUGAAGAGACAAAGGAAUGUGUGACUGAAGAUAAAUGUUGGUGUUACAUCGAAGGUGGAAUCCAUGUACCCCCUGGGCAAGAAAUACCCACAAAAGAAAACUGUACAAUAUGUGUCUGUGGCCCCUCAGGAUCCAUCCAAUGUAAACCAGUCCCAGGGUGUCCUUGUGUCAUCAAUGGAACGAGUUAUGAAGUGGGUGAAACUGUGGCACAAGUACAGGAUGGUGAUGUGUGUAUAAGAUACAUUUGUGCAGAAAAUGGCUCUGUAGUUCCUGAUGCAGUCUUUCCUUGUCCAACAUCUUCACCUACAACCAUUUCAACCUCCUUUCCUACCAGUACUCUUACCACAGUUACCACUACAAGCCAUCCAGUAACUACAACKCCAUGCUUUGGACUAAUCUGUGAUUGGACUGAGUGGUUUGAUGUUAGUAAACCUGAAGAAGGUGAUGGUGACUAUGAAACAUAUGAUAAAAUAAAAGAACACGGACACAAAAUAUGUGAAGCUCCUGAACAAAUUGAAUGCAGGGCUAAGGAUCAACCUGAUGUGAGCUUAGAAGAACUUGGUCAGAAAGUAGAGUGUGAUGUUAAAUAUGGACUGAUCUGUAAAAAUGAGGAGCAAGAUGUAACAAUGUGGCAACUUUGCUAUAAUUAUGAAAUCAGAGUAAACUGCUGUGAGGUGCAAGAAAUUCCUUGUGGGCCUACAACUAAACCUACUACACCCCAACCUGGAACUUCAACCACCACSAAGACGACAGUACCCAUCACCACAACAGCCAGGACUUCAACAGAAAUUACCACCACGCCCACACAUGCCCAUUCCACCACCAGUGAGCAUACACCAUCAGUCCCCACUCCAGUAACUCCAUCUACAGGCACACCUCCAUCUACUCCGAGUACACCAAAAUCAACAACMACUCCCUCGACACCGGAGACUCCCACCACCACCACCACCACCCCAACAUCAACUACUGUAUCAACACCCACCACAACUACUGGAAGCACAUCCUCACCCACACCAACAUACACCACCACCCUACMAACUCCAGGUACUUCUCUGGACUGUACUCUGAUGUGGUCCUUUGCUAUGGGAGAAAUGAAGUACCACCCCUACCACCACCACAAUGCCCCCCAGCACCACCACCGGCGGCAGCACCCCAAAGACGACGACUGUUCCUGUCUCAACGACACCCAUUUCAACUACUUCAAGCCCAUCCACGCCCACACCAACGUACACCACCACCGUACCAACUCCAGUUACACCUACGACCACAACAAGCACAGCCACCCCUACUGCAGAAUGGCCAAACACUUCCUCAUCACCGGAGACUCCCUUCAGCACUACCAGCACCACGAUGCCUCCCAUCAGCACCACCAGCAUGAGCACCCCAGGCACAACAACUGUUACUGUGCCACCAUCACCUAUUUCAACUACUCCAAGCACAUCCAUGCCCACACCAACAUACACCACCACCGUACCAACUCCAGUAACACCUACGACCACAACAAGCACAGCAACCCCAUCAACAGAACUGACAACCACUCCCUCGUCACCAGAGACUCCCACCAGCACCCCCACCCCCACUACCCCCACUACCACCACUACCCCCACCACCCAAAGCUGGGAUUUUCAUUAAACUACUUUCUGACCCCCCUAAACUGCCCGAAUCGCCCCCCGAGACAACCCCCCCACCACCCCCACCACCACCACCUCUCCGGGCACAACAACCACUGGAUUACCAACAACCACCACACGUCCUGGAGGUAUGUUCCCAAAAGCAUUAUACCUACAAAGACACCGAGCACAGGAUCCUCUACACCAGAAUYGCCAACGACUUCCAUGCCAACGUCAUCUGAAACUCCCAUCAGCACUGCCAGCACCACAGUGCCCCCCAGCAGCACCACCAGCAUCAGCACCCCAAAGACAACAACACCAAUUGUUACUGGCACAUCAACAACCUCCUCAACUACUUCAAGCACAUCCACACCCAAACCUGAAUAUACCACCACUCUACCAACUCCAGUUACACCUACGACCACAACAAGCACAGCAACCCCAUCAACAGAACUGACAACCACUCCCUCAUCACCAGAGACUCCCACCAGCACCACCCCCACCGCCAGCCCUCCAGGCACAACAACCACUGGUACUGGAACAACAACAACCAUCUCAACUCCUGCAAGCACACCUCCAUCCACUCCGAGCACACCAAAACCAACAACCACUCCCUCGACACCGGAGACUCCCACCACCACCACCACCACCCCAACAUCAACUACUGCUACUGUAUCAACACCCACCACAACUACUGGAAGCACAUCCUCACCCACACCAACAUACACCACCACCCUACCAACUCCAAGCACACCUCCAUCUACUCCGAGCACACCAAAAUCAACAACCACUCCCUCGACACCRGWGACUCCCACCACCACCACCAGCCCUCCGAGCACAACAACCACUGGUACUGGAUCAUCRACACCCACCUCAACCACUGGAAGUAUUAUCACCAUACCCCCAUCGGGUCCACCCACAGAAGCAAUAAAGAGUACAACUGGACCAACAGAGUCAAGCACUCCAGUUACUCCUUCAACUACGCCACUGUCAACAACUAGAACAAUGGAGACAAGUACAGGGUUUACUCCAAGCUCCAGUAGUCAACAGUCAACCUUGCCAGUGUCAACAACCCCAGUGACAAUUACCACCUCUGAAGUCACUAAAACAGGAUCAACCACCAAAACCACGACUUCUGGCCCCACACCCUCAAGGUCCACCAGCACCACACCAGUAACCAAAACACCUGGCCCUGAGACCACUACCGCUAGGACCCCGAGCCCUCCAACAGAACCACAUAUCACCUCCAGCCCCAGCACCACCACAACCUCAGGACCAAGCAGCCCUACAGCAACACCACCUUUCACAGAAUCAACCACCAAGACCACCACUUCAGGCCCUACACCCUCAGUGUCCACUCCCCACACCACCACAAUUGGAACAGAAAUAAGUACCCCAAUGACAACCUCUGCAACUAUUACUACUCCAACAACAUCACCUGCUGUCACCACCACGACUUCAGGACCAUCUUCCCCAGAGUCUACUUCCAGCUCUACUGUACCUCCGCCACCAGAAUCAACCACCCCUGUGUCAACCACCACCUCUGGUACUACUCCAACAAAAACCUUUACCACCACUUUAGGAACGACCUCCAGUAGUUUUACCACAAUCAAUGCAACCACCACCACCUUCAAAACCUUUCCGCCUAGCUCAACUACUACAUCUGGGCCUACUACAACAUCYACUGCAGUCACCACUACAGGAAGUUCUACACACAGUACCACUCCUCCAGUUAAUGGCUCAAGUACAACUACAAGUCUAACACCAACCACUCCUAAAAAAACUUGUACUAUUUUCCCUGAUGAAUCUUAUGAGGAAGGUGAGUCAUGGUGGCUCUGUAACUGCACAAAGGCAAUAUGUAUAGAAGACAACAUAGUCCAGGUGAUUCCAGUAAUCUGCAAUCCACCUCCGAAACCCACGUGUGCCAAUGGACUUUCUCCUGUGCCAGUCAUUGAUGAGGAUGGAUGCUGCUGGCACUGGGAGUGCGAUUGCUACUGCACUGGCUGGGGAGAUCCACAUUACAUGACUUUUGAUGGGUUGUACUACAGCUAUCAAGGCAAUUGUACAUAUGUCCUUGUGGAAGAGAUCAAUAAGAAAGUUGACAACUUUGGUGUCUACAUUGAUAACUACCAUUGUGAUGUACGGGAUGUAGUUUCCUGUCCUCGAACACUCAUUGUGAGACACGAGACUCAGGAAGUGAGGCUAACAACAGCACAACCAAAUACUCUACAAGUAGAGGUGACAGUGAACAACCAGCUCGUGGCUUUGCCUUAUAAGAAGUUUGGCGUGAGCAUCUAUGAGUCAGGCAUAAAUCGUGUUGUGGAAAUUCCUGAGCUGAAAAUGAAUGUCACCUACAAUGGCUUGUCCUUUUCUAUCAGAAUGCCUUACCACCUGUUUGGCAACAACACCCAGGGACAGUGUGGUACUUGCAAUAACAACACGGCAGAUGACUGCAUGUUGCCAGAUGGAAGCAUUGCAGAAAACUGUGAAACCAUGGCAGAUCACUGGCAAGUUGUCGAUCCUUCCAAACCACAGUGCUCUCCAGGCCUAGUUCCUACAGGUGCACCUAGCACAACGCCAGUACAGCCUUGCAAAGAAUCUGCCAUCUGCGAGCUCCUUUUGGGAAGUGUGUUCAAGCCAUGCCAUGGGUUUGUCCAGCCUGAAAAGUACUAUGCAGCCUGCGUUUUUGAUAGCUGCGUACUUCCCAACCUAGACCUGGAAUGCUCAAGUCUGCAGAUCUAUGCUGCCACCUGUGCUGAUCAAGGAGUGUGCAUUGACUGGAGAAAGCACACCAAUGGUGUAUGCUGCACUCAUGAAUGUCCCCCUGGUAAAGAAUACAGAGCAUGUGGUCCUAUUAAAGAGAUGACCUGCAAAUCAAGAGGACAGAAUGAAACAUCAACUAAACAAGUGGAAGGCUGUUUCUGUCCUAAUGGAACCAUGCUGUACGACUCUGGUGUGGAUGUCUGUGUGAAAACCUGCGGCUGUGUUGGAGUGGAUAUGAUCCCAAGAGAGUUUGGAGAAAAGUUUACAGUGGACUGUCAGGACUGUAUUUGCCUGGAAGGUGAACAUGGCAUUGUGUGUGAGCCUCAUAAAUGCGAACAGAAGAAGGUCACUUGUGAUGGAGAAGGCUUCUAUGAGGUCACUGAAGUAAAUCCUGAAGACUCCUGCUGCCCACUGUUCACUUGCAAAUGCAAUACAAGCUUGUGCACAGCUAAAGCCCCCAAGUGCUCGCUGGGAUUUGAAGUUCAUUCUUAUAUUCCCAGUGGUCAGUGCUGUCCUGUGUACCAAUGUGUUCCCAAGGGAGUUUGCGUACAUGAGAGUGCUGAGUUCUUGCCCAACUCCUCAGUCUUCGUUGACAAGUGUCAGGAUUGUGUGUGCACAAAUGAUGUUAACAUCAGCACUCAACUGAAUAUCAUCUCCUGUCAACGUCUCCCCUGCAACAUACACUGUGAACCUGGAUAUGAACUUAAACCAGUGAAAGGUGAAUGCUGUGGAAGAUGUGUGCAGACCAAGUGUAUUAUACACGCAGCAAACAAUUACCAACUCAUCUUGAGUCCUGGAGAGUUUAAAAAUGAUCCUCACAACAACUGCACCAUUUAUAGCUGCAUAAAUGUCCACAACCAGCUUAUCUCUUCCACAUCUGAGAUUACCUGUCCAGCAUUCAAUGAGGAGAGCUGCAAACCUGGAACCAUUUCGUACCUACCUAAUGGUUGUUGCAAAACCUGUGCCCCUCUGGACAGCCGCACACCGUGCUCUGUGCGCCGCAGGAAAGACUUUAUCGUCUUCAAUGGCUGCCGCUCCGUGGACAGAGUUGAUGUGACUGAAUGUGAGGGAACAUGUGGAACCUUCUCGCUAUACUCUGCUGAGGCCAAUUCUAUGGACCACAGCUGUUCCUGCUGCAGAGAAACAAAGACUGUUGAGAAGCACGUGGUACUGAAAUGCCCCGGUGGGCACGCCAUGUCACAUAAAUACGUAUAUGUGGAGAGCUGCAGCUGUCAAGACUCUGAAUGCAGCAUACCACGGUCCAAACAGCUGCAGAGCAAGGAAGAAAAUGACAAGGCGAGCGCUCUGAAGCGGAUCAAGAGAGCCAUCAGCUUAACGUCAAAAUGAAGGCAGAAAAAACCUGGCAUCAUUAACUGAAAGGACUAUGAACCAUUCUUGUCUUUGACAAUUUUUGAACUUUACUUUUCCCAGUAACUGUA